AAAAUGGCUACCGACAGCACGUAGAAUGUGUGCUAGAGGAAAACAUUACGGACUUUUGCAGAACCUGGGCCACAUUGCUUAAAUGGAAUAACCUGAAAUGAUCUACAUUACUUUGAGAUUAGUAUACGUUUUAUUUUGGUGAGCCAUUCCGAGAUGCAUCGUCGCGGGGGAACCAAGACAGACCCGAACAACAAGCCGGUGACGAAGGAUGUUAGCGACAGCGACAAGUACGCCGACCUCUUGGUGUUCGGAUAUGCCUGCAAACUGUUUCGGGACGACGAACGAGCUCUUUACCACGAUCAGGGAAAACAUCUCAUCCCAUGGAUGGGGGACAAGCGCCUCAUGAUUGAUAGAUAUGACGGCCGUGGUCACUUGCAUGACCUCUCAGAAUAUGACAGCGGCUCAUGGAACACUUCCUACCAGUUGUCUGAGGAAGAAGCAAGAAUUGAAACACUGUGCGAUGAAGAGAGGUACCUGGCACUGCACACGGACCUGCUGGAAGAAGAAGCCAGACAAGAGGAGGAAUACAAACGUCUCAGUGAAGCACUAGCUGAUGAAGGGACCUACAAUGCAGUGGCUUUCAAAUACAGUGCUGACUACUACGACCCCUCUCAGCCCACAGAGGAGGAGGAGGCGGCCAAGAGGGAAACUGUCGAAGCAGACCCUGAAGACAGCGAAGAACCAUUUGUCGCGCCCCAAGGGUUAAUGAUUCCUCCUGAUGUCGAACUGCCAGCAACUGUCAAGACCCACAACAUUAUUGAACGAACAGCAAACUUUGUUUGUCAGCAAGGGGCGCAGUUUGAGAUUGUGCUCAAAGCAAAACAGGCUGGAAACUCCCAGUUUGACUUUCUACGUUUUGACCAUUACCUGAAUCCAUAUUACAAACACAUACUGCGGGCCAUGAAGGAGGGACGCUACAACCUUGCUUCCAAUAGUAAACAAGAUGAACAAGAUGAAUCCUCAGAGGAUUCAGAUGAUGAUGGUGAUGGUAGCUAUCUGCAUCCCAGUUUAUUUGCCCCCAAGAAGAGCUCUCGAUUAGAGGAACUGAUGAAGCCUCUCCAAGUGAUGGAUCCAGACCAUCCCCUGGCAGCACUUGUUCGUAAAGCCAAACAAGAACAAAAUGGCACGGCCACAGUGGAAACCAAACCAGAUGAAGUGGAUCAAACAACACAUAUCGCUCAAACACCACAGUAUACAACUGAAGUGACUGCACCAGCUGUGUAUUAUGGCUACUACAUGCUUCCUGACGGGACUUUCUGCUUGGCUCCUCCUCCACCUGGAGUUGAUGCAACCGCCUACUACAGCAACAUGCCCCCUGAUGCUGUGGCCCCUCCUGCGUCAUCUGUUUCUCAGGUCAACGCUUAUGCUGCCCCUGAAGCUGUACCAGAAAUCAGUCCUUAUAGCAAUUUAAAACCUGACGCUUCAGUACCAGCCAUCAUUCCCCCGCCUCCAGACAUUCAGCCUGUCAUUGAUAAGUUGGCUGAGUAUGUUGCGAGGAAUGGUGUUAAGUUUGAGGCCAGUGUUCGUGCCAAGAAGGAUCCUCGGUUUGACUUCUUGCAACCCUGGAACCAGUACAAUUCAUAUUAUGAGUAUAAGAAGAAUUACUUCAUGCAGAAAGAAGGAAAAGACUUGCCAGAGACUGGCUCUGUUGCUCUGGGUCAACUUCAGGCCAGUGAAUCUGCGCAAGACGCUGGAAUGUCUAAAGGCUCUUUUGCUCCCAUUUGUUUCGCCAUCAAGACAAAAGACAAUGACCUGCUGCAGUUGGAGAAGAAUAGAGUCCGCCUAGACGAUGACUCGGACGAGGACAAGCAGUUUCUAGAAGGAGUGAUCGGUGAAGCGAUCGAAAAGGAGCUGCCUGUAGUCAUCUCACCCGAAGAGAAGAAGACGACGCUUACUCUAGAGGAAUUGGAAGCUAAACAAGCCAAGCAGAAAUUGGAGGACCGUCUUGCAGCUGCAGCACGUGAGAAGCUGGCUCAGGCAUCCAAGGAGUCCAAAGAGAAACAGUUGCAGGCGGAGCGGAAGCGAAAGGCCGCGCUCUUCCUGCAGACCCUUCAGUGCCCACUCGCAGCGGAACCAGAGGUCAAAAGAGCAGAGCUAGACUUUACAACGCGGCUUGAGAUGCAGGAAGCCCUGUCCAUUCUGUCUGACCUGCCGUCGUCCUCUAUACCAGCCCCUGGACUCUCAGGUACCCAUCGUGGCAGGGAAGUCCCAUCCUCGUCCUCUCACAACAGCUCCAGUGGAACUGACCAUGGCAGAGACCGAAAUAGGAAUCGAGAGAGAGAUCGAGAGAAAGACAGAGAACGGGACAAAGGAAGGGAUAAGGACAAAAAGAGGAAAAAGCACAAGAGGAGGUCCCGUUCAAGAUCGAGAUCGAGAUCAAGGUCAAGGAGUAGGCAUGCUGCUGCCAGCUCUUACCGGAGAGCACGAAGGUCCAGAUCACGCUCCCCAGGGAGACGAGACCGAAGAGAGUUGUCGUCUGAGAGGAGACGCGGCGAGCGGGAUCGGGAACGCCGUUACCAAAGACGCAGCUCAAGCCGACCGAGACGUUCCAGGUCCAGGUCUCCAGCAGAAAAAAGGAAGAGCUCUGUGCCGUCCUCAGGGAAGAGUCAAAAGGCACGUUCAUCUAUCUCACCUAACUCCUCUCCCAGCAGAGUGUCACGGUCAGUUAGUCCGACAUCCAGCCUGACGCUCUCGCGGGGAGUCUCUCAGGAGAAGGAAGAGGCAGUGUCUUCUGCCAUAGUGUCUUCGGUUCAGUCCAAAAUAACAGAGGACCUGAUGGUCAAGGUACGAGCCAUGCUGGCCAACUCCAAAGCCUUCCAGUCUUCCAAGUCAUGAAAAAGCAACAACCUCCACCAGCUCUGCUGAAAGAAGACUCCAUCUGCCUGUAGAUGAUCUGCUGCUCCUCAGCUCACGUGUCUGUGAUCAGAGAGUGUGUAGCUUUCUGUGCCUGAAGAUCACAGCAGAGCGGGAGACAGCAAACUCCGACCAAAACAGUUGAGAUCAUGUUUUGUUUGCCACCUAAACGCUUGUGAAUCUCUCCUUCUAUGAAGGCCUGCAUGGUUUUGAGUUUCUCUCGUCCUUCAUCCUCCAGCAGUUUCACUUUUACUCAUCAAGAUUCACUUACAACUUGGCUUUUUUUUUUUUUUUUUAGCUCCACUGAGUCUCUUUAUGUUUGUAAUGUAAUUGAACAAAUUUGUAUUUGGAAUUGUCAAUAAAGUUUCAUUUAUGA